UCAGCACUUAGCGUGAUUGUGAAGCGACUUGCAGAGUGUUUCAGUCUCAGGAUUGAAGCUUUGUUGUUCAAGUAUCACCAUAUAUAUAUAUUUAGGAACUAAAAAUACCGACAGCUCAUAUGAGCUCAAUGGGAGGCAGAAAUAAACGCACGAAAAAUGCGCGCAAACUGGAUGCGCACGAUGCGCCUUCAUUAGAUCAAUCAAUCAUCGACAAACGUCUGAAUAUUAUACCUGGGGGACGACAGUUAGAGCGAACACCUCCAUCCAAAACUGAAAGCGUCUCAGACCAAAUAUAUAAAGCAGAAUAUUCAACAAUAUCACGGAAGGUGAUCAAAGAAGAGCCGUGCAUACAGGAAAUGACUAUAAACAGUUCCUGCGAUGGGUCAAGUGAAGUUCUCGAGCAUCUUAACGUUAAAGACGAAAGGAAGUCCAUCAGAAGGUCCAGUUUAACAGCUGCAAAAGCCACAUCUGGGAAUGCAGAUCCGGAAACCUUCAUCCAGGGAAUGCAGGGUUACCAGUGGACAAGCACAGACCUGGAAUUUGUCUAUCAAACUAAAUGCAAGAAGAAAGUUCAGCAGCUUCAGCAAAAGAUAAGAGAUGUGCAGAAUGCUCUCAAAAGCACUAGGCAACUGCGGGACGUGGCUGUUGCUGACCAUAAAAAAAUACAAGAAGAGCUUUCAAAGAUGUCGUCGCUUGAAAGGGUGCAGGAAAUGUCCAAGGAGACACUCCUCAAGUCACAAAGCUCCGUUGAGCUCGAAGGGCUCGAUUUCAAAGGUCUGCUAGCUCAACUGAAGGUGUCCGAUGUGCAGCAUUUUACUUCUGAAGAGAGGACGAACAUAGGCAAGCUCAACACAGAGGUGACGAAAGCACAAGCAAUGAGAGAAAAGCAAGAGCAAUUCACAAAGGAAAUUGACACCUGUGAAGGGAACAUCGACCAAAUCAAGGUAAAAAUACAGACACUGACUGCGGAAAUUGCUGCUCUGGAAUCCCAGCGGUCGUCUAAGGAGGCGGCGCCACUCCCUGACAAACCAAGAAAACGAGUCCGGAGAGGUCCUAAACCAACCACCGCCCCAUCUGCCCCGAAACUUUCUAGUAAUGCUUCUUUCUCUCCAAAACGUUUUGUCGACUCAAAACCCUCAUCUGUUCCAAAACGCCCUUCUGCUCGAUCUGCCCCAAAUGGAUCAACUGUCCCCAAACCGCCUACAUCUGCCCCAAAAGCUUCCGCUGCCCCUAAACCCUCCUCUGUCCCAAAAGGAUCAACUGUCCCAAAACCGCCUACAUCUGCCCCAAAAGCUUUUGCUUCCCCUGAACCCUCCUCUGUCCCAAAAGGAUCAACUGUACCCAAACCCCCUACAUCUGCCCCAAAAGCUUCUGCUGCCCCUGAACCCUCCUCUGUCUCAAAAGGGUCAACUGUCCCCAAACCGCCUACAUCUGCACCAAAAGCUUUUGCUUCCCCUGAACCCUCCUCUGUCCCAAAAGGAUCAACUGUACCCAAACCCCCUACAUCUGCCCCAAAAGCUUCUGCUGCCCCUGAACCCUCCUCUGUCCUAAAAGGAUCAACUGUCCCCAAACCGCUUACUUCUCGAUCAGUCCCAAAAAGAUCAACUGCCCCCAAACCGCCUACAUCAGCCCCAAAACCUUCGACUGCCCCUAAACCCUCAUCUGUCCGAAUACCCCCUUCUGCUCGAUCCGCCCCAAAGGGAUCAACUGCCCCCAAACCGCCGAGAUCUCGAUCAGCCCCAAAAGGAUUACUUGCCCCCAUACCACCUACCUCUGGAUAUACCCCAAAAGGAUCACUUGCCCCCAAACCGCCGACAUCUCGGUCAGCCUCAAAUGCUACCACCUCCCCAAAUAUCCCAGGGGGUGAUGUCGGGGGUCUCCGGCGCUCUAAAAGAAUCGCUGCCAAACAAGACAAGUGAGGUAUCUUCUCAAAAAACACUUUGAAUGGCAAAGAUAUUUCAGUUUUUUUCACCUCAUGUUCAUAUAAAGGUGUUUAUUUUAUAACAAAUGUUGAUUUAAGGUCCUAUCUAGGACAGAUGUCUUUUUGAAAACUUCUUUUAAUUCAUAGCAGUACCUUUGUUUAGACUUUAGAGGAACCUAGUUUAUACUUUUAGACUUUGCUGCCCUCUUGUGGAUAUUUGGAGUUUUGCGUUUAUGGACACUGAAUGGUGGUAUUCACAAAUCGAGUGCAAUUAUGUUAGUUUACCCAGCAGUUUACGGCAAUACGUUAAGAGCGCCUGUUCUGCAUGUUGUGUAAUGUAUUAUUUUUUCAGGACACCUCAUGUUAUGAGUGUUUUGCUUAGCACCCUCUUGUAAUGGUUUUCUUGUGGUCUGUUCAGUCCUAACGUUAGUGUUGGCACUGGUUUUGUGU